CUUGUGGCUUGGGUAUUUGCUUUCUCAACGAGUUGAUGAGAUUAGUGGCGAAGAUUACAACACCGCGUCUAUUUAGGUGAACGCCAUCACCGGCGAGAUGCAUCGAAGGAUCAACGUUGUCAUUGUCUACGUAGUCAGCCUUCCUCUCAUUGGCUAGAAGUUUCAGCUGGCGGUUAGCGCUCUCAACUUUUAAGUAGUCAUCUUGUGUCUCAUUGUAUGAUGGAAGAUAACGUGAUAUCCUUCACUGUUGGAGCGAUGUUGAUGAUUUCGUCAAUCAAUGAGGACAUCUUAGCACCUAUUUCCAAGGGGUGAUCACUCUCAAUGUUGUUGGUUCCUACAUGGAUGAUCACGCUAUCCGGCAUGUUUGAUCGAAGAACUGAAGAGGAGUAUUCAAUAACAUCAUCAAUUUUUGCUCCCGACAAAGUGUGACAAUGGAUUCUUUGCGUUCGUGACAUCUUAUGAGGGACAAUUUUUUUCAACAUCGAAUCGCCAAUAAUUAGGCAGGUUUUUGUCAAGGGCUUAUUGACAUUGUACCGUUGACUUUGCCUGCGCCUGUAUUCAUUAAUUUGUGAUCUUAGUGGUUCCAAUGGGCUAGCACAAUUCUCAAUGGUUUCAUGAAUGGCAGUAUUCGGCAGUUGACUAUUGUUUGUAGAUUGAUCGAUCCUCCCUUGUACUGAAUGCAACUGGGCUCGGAGGUGGUUUACAGAAGAUUCCAAAUCCCGGACUCUAUUUUCAAGUUGAUUAGGUACAUCAUUGUUAUCAGGAGAUACCUGUCGAGGUUGACUUAGGACUUCAUUGUCCAUAGGAUUAUCGGCUACUUCAUGAAGGUCCAAUAAUUGCCGCCCUCUAUCGAUAUCAUUUUCUUCAUCGUCCGUUGGUUAUAUCUGGGGCGUGUCUUCAAACAUUAGGAGUGGCGUUCUUGUCAUUGGCAACGAGCAAAGCUCAAAUGAUCAUCUUUCUAUCAAUGACAGGUUUUGGAAUCUCUACCUUGAUGACAUGUUGUAUUUUGACAUUACAUCAUGUGGCUCAGGAAAACUACAAUCUAUGUUACGGCCUUGGUUUGAGCGGGUAUGGCGCCGGUAUGGUCCUUUUGCCAAUCGUAGCUGAAUUCCUACGUCACCCGUACGGUUGGAGAGGUGGAUUGCUCAUUAUAAGCGCCCUUAUAGCGCAUACCAUCCCAUGUGCUGUGGGAAUGAGAAUGAAAUCGGACGAGGGGAGGACGCAGAGAAAAGGUUAUAAGCCACUCGAAAGCUCGUCUACAGGACCUUCGGAAAUGGACAUAAAGGAAGAAGGCGAAGCAACGAAAUUUCAUGGCUCAGGCCUGUCAGAAGGAGACAGCCGAUAUCGGCAUGGUGAUGGCUUUCGUAAGUUCACCAAUAUCCUUCGUGAAUCUGAUUUUUACAAGGAUCCUGUAUUUACCCUAAUAUUUGGUGUGGAUUUCGCAUUCUAUGUGGUGUACAGUGGUUGGCACUCUUUUCUCGUACCGCAUGUUCUGCAAAGAGGAAUCUCGGUCCAGAAAACCAUAAUCUUGACAUUCUCAGGAGCAGUAGGGAAUACUUUAAGCAGAUGUGGUGUAGGUAUCAUUACAAACCACCAAUUCAAGCCGGUUGAUGUCUACAUCCUCGCUACAAUCCUCAACAUCGGUGCUUUACUCGUCGAUGUGCUUGUAGUCAAUUAUUACGUCAUGUUGGUGACGUCAUGUGUCUCUGCCAUGUCCGUCGGAGGGAGGGCGGUGGUCACAACGCUUAUUGAGAGGGAAAGAGCAUCUCCUGACAAAUUUGAUGUCGUCUUUUCACUCGGAAGAUGUAUUUCCGGAGGUGGGAUGUUUAUCGGCGGUUAUUUGGGUGGCUUAGUCGCUGAUACUUUUUCUUCAUUUAAUGCAACGUUCACGAUGUUACCGAUCAUUGACGCUGUUGUUCUCAUCCUGAUCUUGGCGAUGAAAUGUAACCCUAAACCUGAUGAUAUUGGCAAUUUUAAAUUGAGAAAUGUGUCCACUCCUGAUGACGGAUAACAAAGCUUUCCGGAACCUUCAGAUUCAUCAUCGAAUCUUUUGUCAUGCAACAACGUCUUCAUGAACAGGAACACUAAUUGAGUUUAAUUUGCAUUAUUCAUAAAUACUUUUUAUUUGCAUAUAGUCCAUUCAGAUACAUUUUUAUUGACAUGUUCAGCUAUAGUCAGGGAUACUUGUUUAAAGAUAUACAUAUACUUUUCAUGAAUUCGUAGACAGGGUUGACUGAUUUAAAUCAUGAUUUAAAUCGCGAUUCAAAUCACUAUGUUUUUUUUAUCACAGAUUUAAAUCACUUCCAUUGAAACGUUCACAAAUGAUUGGCGUUUUUUUUUUGUGGCAGUUUUAUGGGUUUUUUACUCAGAAUAGAAAGAAUGUAUCUGCUUUAUAUCAUUAACUCUUACUCUGCCAGGCCCAAUACCCCUCUACUGCCAGGGAUAUUCGAGGGAAUCCUAAAUUGACCGAAACGUGAGAAGCAACUGAUCUUUACCCGUACGUUGUAUAAUCAAACCUUCUACAAAUGAAAUGAUGCAUGGUUAAUUGGCUUUAUGGUCGUGUUAAUAUCUUUCAUAUUUGCGUUUGGAAAAAUGGAGAAAAGAUGUAAUAUUUUACAUCGUUUUUUUUUCAAUAAGUAAAACCUAGAAAAUUAUGAUUUCAUGAACAUUUCAAAGAGUAAAUACCCUGAGGAAUUGUAGAGAUACCAAGAAAUUAAGAAGAUAAAAUUAAAGUUCAAUGUUUACCCUUUCAAAUGACGUAUGUAUUGAUGAAAUUGAACAAACAGAAAUAACGAAAAAUAAUGCUCUUUUGAAUGAAAUACUAUUUUGCUAUUCAAGUUAUUUCCUCUGAAGUACGAUAGAGUAUGACCUGUUCCAAAAAAGGGCAUUGUCGUCGAUCAAGUGACCAAUCACAGCACAGCUGCGAUCCCCACGCAAACACACACAAUACUAUAUUAGAGCCAUGUAUCUUCAAAGUGCGGCCAACCGUACCCUUUCAUUCGUGUAGUCUUCAAAAUAAGACUCUGUAAUUUGUUUAUUCGUAGUGUAACAAACACAGUUAUUGCCAGUCAGAAGGAGACAAAAUAUAAAAGAACUAAAGAUGAUAUUGAAAUAUAGAUAAAGAGGGGUCGGACAGAUUCAAUAAUUACAAGUUUGGGGUAUAAAAUCCCACAAAAUGAUAUGGGCGUUCAUGGCAAAGUGCACAGAAGUAAGAAAAAAAAAGUUUAGUUUUCGUGAAUCAAAGAAGAGGGAAUGCAGAUCAGUUACAAACAAAAAAUCAAUACAAAUUUUCAAAAAGAAAAUAGGCCUAUUGAAUGAAUAAAUCCUUCAUAUAUAUUCAAAAUAAUGAAAAUCAUAUAAAAAAAUCAGGUUGAUCUUGCAAUGUAGCAUAUAAGCGGACAACACUUCCCCCUACUCCACUUUCACCAUGAUCAUGAUGAUUUUUUUAUUCAUUUAUUUAAAUCACUUCCAUUGAAACAUUGUCGUGUUGGGAUCGGUAAUUAUAAGAAGGGAAGCGUAAUUAGGAAUUUUUGGAGAAAGUUAUACAGUUCAAAAUCACAAAGUAUUUAAUCAUCAAUAUUCAGCUACAGUUCGAAUUACAUAAAGAUUCAGAUAUCAUAGGAGACGAUGAAUAUAAAAUAAUUUAGAAGUAUCAAAUUGAGAUUCGGAGUGAAGUUAAAUUAAUAUUCGAUGGACGUCUAAGUCUUGAAAUCAGUCAGUCUAUAUGGAUGAGUGUGGGUCUCGUAUUCUACUGUAUAUUCUAUAUCUCUAAUAAUCAAGAAGUCUUAUGUAUAUCAUUAGUUUUGGGGUGUAAAAAUUUAAGGUGGAAGCGAUAUCUAAACUUGAUCUGAUUGGUCUACAGGUAACUGUCUAUCAAACUUUCUCUGGUAUAAUGGGUGUGGUGAUGCUCUGUGCAAGUGACUGGGGCUGGAAGUGUGAGUCAUACUUCUUCCUUGAAGUUAGCUGACGUCACUGAGGGUUGGUCUUUUUGGUCAAGGUUUAGGAGUUAAAUGGUAUUAAGGGUCUUGGGAUUCUUAGAUGACAUUGGGGGAGUUUGUAAACAAGUGAAGGUAAAUGACUGAAAGGAUAACAGGUUAAUAACAAGUUAAAUACAUACUACAUAACAACAUGUCCAAAUGCUUGACGUUUUUUGUGUGUGUUUUAGGUUUUUUCUAAUUAAAAUAGAAGGAUUUUCUCAACUUUAUAUCAUCAAAACAUAAAUAAAUCCUCUAUAUCUACUAAAAAACAAUUGACAUCAUGUCAAUAAAAUCGGGUUGAUCUUGCAAUGUAGCCUAUAAGCGGCCGGAUAAGCGGUUAACAAUAGCCCCCUACUCCACUUUUUAUCAGUGGACUUACAACAUUUUCCCCAUGAAAUUCUUCUUUGUUGAUAGCAAAAUAGAUUUCCCUUAUCUUUAUGUCACAUUGUUUCUUAGACAGCAUUUUUUUUUAAUAUGAGAGAUAAAAAUCGUUGUUGGCAGUUCUUCUUUUUUCAUCAUUCACAUUAACUGCUUUUGCCAUGUCAUACGAAGAUGAAUAUUUUCAAUUUGCAAACUGAUAAAAGAAAAAAUUACACUACAUUAAGUAGCAAUCACUAUCUUAAGCUAUGUCAGAUUGAAAAAAGGAAGCUUUGCUGUGGCUUUUAUUCUUUGGUUGGAAAGUAACCAAACAACUCAUAUUGUAUCACACAUAAUUUUUGUAAAUAAGGUAUUGCUAAAUUGAAAUGAUAUAUAUAAUUGUACACCCAUAGCAAUGGUACUCCAGAACUAAAAAAAAUUUAAAAAGGAAUUUAAAGAAUAAACCCUGAAGUCAAACUAUUAUUGGCCUUAAUUCCAACAGAUAAUUCAGCCAAGAGGGAUUUGAACCAAGGCCACAUCAGACUUUCUGUUCAGUUGUGCUUCAUUUCGCAGGUACACUGAGAAAGGUUCAAUGAUGCACAGGAAAUGCUCCUGCCAAUCUUCACUAAAUCAUGGCAAUAACCAUACAUAAUGGGCACUUUGCCAAAAAUGAGCAUUCAUUUUUAUACAUUUAUCAUUGAAUGUGUUGAAUUGAGUGCAAUAAUACACAAAAUCUGCAUUGCCCCUGGUUUUAUCCCAUAGUUUAAAAUUGUAUUUUUUACAUGUAUUUAAAGCUGUAGAACAGCCAUUCUCAAUUACUUUUUUUGAAGCGCCACAUUUCAUGUUGAGAAUCUGUAAUGCUCCACUGUCCAUUGCGCAAACCAGCAAUGUAUCAGCAGAGGGGGUUCAGAGGCCCCUGGUGGGGGUCGAGGGGGCAGAGCCCCCAGACGUUUUGGAAUAUGAGGCCUUUUAAAUUGCCCAGAGGGGCUCUAAUUAAUAUCAACAGAAGAAAUACAAAUGCCAACAAACUACACAAUAUCAAUAUUAAAAGAAAAAUAACCAGUGACUUUUUCACAACAUACCAAUGAUACCACUAGUUCAGACUGUUCUGCCCCAGAUAUAUUGGCUGAAGCAAGUGGCGUAAUGAGUAAAAAAAAAAAUGAGGGGGCUAGAUAUGGCAGCUUUUUUUGAAGCGCCACAUUUCAUGUUGAGAAUCUGUAAUGCUCCACUGUCCAUUGCGCAAACCAGCAAUGUAUCAGCAGAGGGGGUUCAGAGGCCCCUGGUGGGGGUCGAGGGGGCAGAGCCCCCAGACGUUUUGGAAUAUGAGGCCUUUUAAAUUGCCCAGAGGGGCUCUAAUUAAUAUCAACAGAAGAAAUACAAAUGCCAACAAACUACACAAUAUCAAUAUUAAAAGAAAAAUAACCAGUGACUUUUUCACAACAUACCAAUGAUACCACUAGUUCAGACUGUUCUGCCCCAGAUAUAUUGGCUGAAGCAAGUGGCGUAAUGAGUAAAAAAAAAAAUGAGGGGGCUAGAUAUGGCAGCUGAAGCAAAAAUAUUGAAAUUUGCAAUACAAAUAUCUAUAUUUUGACAUAAUAUUAAGAAAAUAAUACAAUAUUCCACUCUUUCCCUUUCCUUUUCUUUCCCUUUCUCCUUUUUUUUUCUUGGCCAUGAAAUACUUGGGCCCCCCAAUCGCCACCCCCAUCUGUACGCCAGUGGUUGAAGCUACGUUCCCCGAUUUUGCAAGGGCUGAAAAUUAGGCGUUGCACUGCACUAACGCCCCAACUGCCCCUCUCUCUCUAUAACUCACGUGCAGUAUCAUUCAUUCAGUUCAUGUUAAGCAAUAGUGCAUGCAGGCAAUCACGGCAGACAAUGCAUCUGAGCAUACAUUUAUUUCACUUUUACAACAUCGGAUUUUAAUCGGCUUCAGAAACAUAGUUUAUGCUUGUUAUGUCCCAAAUUCAUAAUCUUUUAUGAUCAGGAUGUUCUUUGAAUAUCAUAUCAUUUGAUGUUUAACUCUUAACCAAAACGUAUACUCUGGAAAUGCAAAAUUUCUCGCCGUUGAAAUAGAAAUCCUACAAACGGGGUUUUCAAAUCACUUGUGCGGCACAAAAACUUUGUACAGCGUAUAGUAGAAUAAAUAAAAAGGAGAACACCAUCGGUCCUCCAUAAUAGGGGUUAUCGAGUGCUAAAUUGGACAAAAUUUGAGGAAAUCAAUUAGCAAUUAAGUGUCAAGUAAAGAGUUUUUGUUUUCUCUUUGUAUUAAAAUGAUCACCAAAACCUUAUUGCCAGGUUACUGGUAGAUACAUUUUUUCUCCCUUAUUUUUGCUUUAUUUUUUAUACCGGCUCCCAAGCGCCACUCCGCAAGGCUCGGUGCGCCACAAGUGGCGCGCGCGCCACCUAUUGAGAACCCCUGCUGUAGAACCUGUGUUCUUAUUCUUAGCAAAAUGCUAAGAACUGCCAAAUACUUAUUUCGGGUUUACUGUUCUAAAAGAAAAAAACUUCCAACUUUUUUGCCAAUAAGUCACUGCUUUGCAAAUCAGUGCUUUAAACAGUCAAAAAGCUCCAAACAUGGCCCAAGUAACAAAGGAGGCUUAAACAAACAAAAAGAAAUUUAGUUUUCUUUAACAGAUGAUUUUCAGUCCUUGGAGUGAAAAUUAAGAAUGUUUCUCUUCGGAGAAUGUUACUCUCUGAGUCAUGUAAUUCUUCCAAAGAAACUGAUCCUCAUUUCAUGUUUGAAUAGGAACACUAACUUAGCAUUGUUAUCUGUAUCAAGGCGGUACUUUAACUUGGACCAAACCAGUCAGUAGGAGCUAAUACCCUACCCGAGAGGAUUCGGAAAACAGCAUUUUCAUCAUGACUUACAUAUUCUACAUAAAUUAUAUUUUAAAAUGGAUUUAAUCAUGAAAUAGAAUAGAAGUAAAUGAUAAUUAUAGUUGUGAAAUAUAUGAUUUUGAAAAUGA